AUGGACCCCCCAAGCCCUUUGGUGCGCCCUUUCGCAGCGAGAGACGUUUCUGGCAUCACUCUCCACGUCCAGAGUGGAGGGGAUAACUCACCCGAAGCACUGACGUUUCACAAGUCUAUCACUCGGGUGGUUACUAUCGGACGCAGGUCGCGCGAGUCUCUUCCAGUGAUUGAGCGGGAUCGCGCUCGAUUCCGCUGUCCGGUCAUCAGCCGCAGUCAUGCCAAGAUUACGUUCACAGAGUAUGGCAAUGCAUACAUCAUGGACUUGCACUCGCACCACGGCACCCACAUACUCAGACCUGGAGAGAGCGUCUCGAGGCCGAUCGAGGCGGAAGCGCCGACCGUCCUUGCGGACGGGGACAUCAUCACGUUUGGGAAGAGCGUCGGCCACGGCCCCACGCUCGUGCGGCCGGUGAGCGUGCGUGUGCAGCUCCUGUUCGGCACCAAUACCGUAUUCAACCCGUCGAUGCCGCACAAUAUCUCGUCCUCGGUUUCUGAGAAGGCUUCUCCGACAGAAUCCUCGGGCCGCUAUGGCGUGUACAUAUUGUCCGACUCUUCAUCAUCGGUCUCGGGCAGUGAGUCGCCAGACGUCGAGGAGGUCUCGUCUUCGCAGCCCAAUGACGCCGCCCAGAAGGCACCCGGAAUGCUGGAGACGCUGCGGCUACUGCCCCUGUUCCCGCUCCGCCUGUCCUGCUCCUCCGACUCCAGAUCCAGAUCGUCGUCUCCGGUGCGGGUGAUUGCAACGCCUCAGAUAGAGGAGCCAGCAGAGGACGAAUGCUCGGACAUGUCACAGUCGUCCGAGUCUGAAUUGGACGAGGGAGCGGACGCCCCGCGCGAGUCGAGCAUGAUUGGCGAAUGGCCUCGGUCUCUCAGCCCGCCAAACUCUCCAAUGCGCGAGUAUAAUCUGCAGCUUUCUGUGGAUGAACAUGCAAGUGAAGAAAGCGACAGUGUCAAGGAUGACUUUCCUCCCUUCGAGCCUUUGCCCUUCGGAAUCCUCCCUGAUUCUUACGAUCACGAUGUUCAUAUCGUCGAUAUGGGCAUGCCGCCGCGUGAAAAUGAGGAAUCGGAAGCGAACGUUGAGCUGAACGAAAAUAUGUUUCCCGAACCGGAACCGUUGAGGUCGGUGUUCACGCGGUCGCCGACUCCUGCAGUACGGAAAUCUGUUCUUCGGACCCCGUCUCCGGAGGCUGCUUCACCUCAACCGGACAAGUCGUUGACUGAGCUGGACAACAGAAUCAGUGAAGUCUGUGACGAUAUAGCGUGGUUGCGCAUGCUGCGCCGAGAGGAUGAAGAGCGUUUUGAAAAGCAUGUACAAGAGACUAAGCAGCGACUCGUGCAGCUGGGGACGCAGAUGGAGGACAUUUCUGCACUCGUCGAUGACAACGUUGUUCAGCGCGAAACACUUGAGUCGAAUAUGUCGGAACGCAUGAAAAACAUUCAAGAAAGUGUCUUGCGCCUGCAAGAGAAGUUCAAUGCGAUAGAGGAAGAGCGCGAGAAGACCAAAGCCGCAGAUGCCGAGAAGGCCGCGGACCUGAGCUCCAUCAAAGAUAUAUUUGCAGACAUGAAGAGGAUGCAUGAGACAAGCGAGCGGCGCAUGGUCGAGCAAUUCGAGGCUAUACGGGCCAUGCGCAGGCAAGCAAAGGCCGAUGUUGCUCACGCCCUGGCCCAGGUGUCUGCUAUCUCGACUGCGAACUCGCUCAAACGCAAGCGCGCGGCUGACGACGAAGAUGGUGCAGAGGAAGGGGGUGCCAUGAUGGGUACCCGUCGCUGGUCCCGCCCUCUCAAGCGCAAACGUGCGAUGCAAUAUGUAGGCGUGAUCGCGAAGAUGACGACUGCCGCGGCCCUUGGCGCCGCCACCGCCUGGACGGCCCUUGCGUUCGCUUGAAGUCUGGUCAUCAGACAUGGACAUGAUUCCUGCGAGGAGACGAGAGUGUACGAUAAACGCGAAGCAAGCAGUCCUCUUGUGUCUUUCGUCUAGACUUUACGGCUACGAAUUAGGCCGUUGUACAGGUGCACUCGUUGCAUCGAGAUUGGAUUUCCGUUGUAUCAUUCCACACGUACACGCUCUUUGUUUGUCGCUUACUACGUACACAUUCAUUGAAUCGAUUACUUUUCAAGCUGUC